AUGGAAGAACAAGAAUCUGUUGUUGACUAUAUUGGGACAAUCCAAAUGGUAGUGAACGCCAUGAGAACGUGCGACAAGGUAAUGAAAGAUAAGAAAAUCGUGGAGAAAAUCUUGAGAACGCUAAUUCCACAGUACGAUCAUAUCAUGGUAGUGAUUGAAGAAUGCAAAGAUGUGGAGAAAAUGAAGAUCGAAGAACUGCAGAACUCGCUGGAAGCUCACGAACAGCAUCUUCUUGAAAGAAAGAAAGCAGAAAAGGAAGUGGGUCUUGGUUCUAAUCAAGCACUACAAGUGAGAAGCAACUUUAAACCCAGAGGACGAGGUGCUGGAAGAGGUAGAGGCAGAUCUCGAGGAGGCAGAUCUGGAGGAAGAAACAUGGGCACUUCGGAUCAAAACGUUGGAGAAGAAGGCUUCGAAAGCAAAAGAGGCGGAAAGCCAACGAGAGGUAGAGGCAGGAAGAACAUUGACAAGAGAAAUAUUCAGUGCUAUAUGUGUAGCAAGUAUGACAAUUAUUCAUUGGAAUGCUGGCAUAACGAAACCAUGAAAAGGAAUAAAGAAGACGAAGUCAAUCUUCCACAGGACGCAGAAGAUUCAGACUUGGAUCAUGUACUUUUAAUGAGUGUUAUGGAAAGUGUUAAAGAAUUGAAGCAGUGGUGUUCAACACAAAAGGGGUGUUCAAACACUUGA